ACUAGACUGUGAGUGUUGCACUUACGGGGCCACAAAACAAUGGAACACUACAACUUGAGAAAUCUACAGGCUGAUCUUAGGAAGUUGCUGGCGUUCGGAUUAGACGAGGACUCAGUAGAGAAGGUUAAGGAGCUGAUGGCUAGGUAUAAAAGUCAGCCCAAAGACUGGCAGGAUAAGGAGAUCUGGAGUAAGAAAAAAUACACGCGGACCCUGCUGGACAAAGGGAAUGGUCAUUAUAAUCUGAUGAUUCUGUGUUGGAACACUGGUCAGGAAAGCCCCAUACAUAACCACCCAAACUCCCACUGCUUCAUGAAGACUCUGAAAGGAGAAGUAUUCGAGGAACUGUAUAAAAAUCCGGAUAUGACGCCAUGUGAGAGCUGUUGUGGAUGCAAAAUGGAGAAAAUAGAUGACAGGGUGUACAAACUUAAUGAUGUGGCCCAUAUCACGGACGCAGACGGACUUCACCGACUUGGAAAUAAAAGUCACGUGAACGGCGCUGUCACUUUACACCUUUUUUCCCCACCCUUUUCCACGUGUAAGAAAUAUGAUGACGACACAGGGAAAUCUACAGAGGUUCCAAUGGGAUACGACCAUGACUUCACCGAACAAUGCUGCGCCCGUUCUUGUUGUUCCAAGUAAACUGAUCCGUAAUGCCUACUAAAAUGUAAUCGAGAUUUAUUCCUUUAUUUACUUCGGCGUAGGAA